AUAUUCGGUUCGCUUGUAUUCCUCAGUAAUUCCUUAAUUCUUCUUCGGUAAACGCCGCGGCUGAUAGCUCCAAGGAUGAGAGAAUGAGUCAAAUUGCCCGGCUUCAAUUAAAACUAAAUAAAAAAACAGGAUUCUUUUCUAACGGAAACAGGUGCGAGGUGCGAUUAACCCUAGCGGACUAAAAGACAGUGCUUCAAAGAUAAUAAAAUACCAUGAAAUUUAUUGAAUAAUGAAGACGAGAAAUAACUGGCUGUUGAUUGAUCAAGAUUGAUGUUAGAACCGUAGUAUGAGGGACACAUGUUAUGCGGGUAUCUUGUGGAUGGUGGUCACGUGUUCUGUGAUAACUUGUUACAAGGAUCACGUGUUUCAAGAGUAUCGCAGUCUUGGUUGCUGGAGUGAGGAUUUGUUAAGUACUGACCGUGCAAUACCAGACUUAUUGAACGAUCAAUAUCAACAACUCAGCCAAUCACCAACAAGAAUCAAAGACAUUGUGUCAGAGUGUGCACAGAGAGCAAAGGUUUAUGGGUACUCUUAUUUUGGAGUCCGCGAUCACCAUCAUUGUGUCAGCGACCCACAUGCAGGACUAACUUAUUCUAAAUACGGCCCAUCUUCUCUCUGUCGAAAUGGAACGGGAGGUCCUGGGGCGAUUGAUGUGUACAGUUUUGAAGGAUCAAUUGAAACUGAAGAGGAACUUCCAACUGACGACCAGACUCUUCCAAGUCAAGACAGAUCAAAGAUACAGCUCAGGCCCCAACCGGUCAGCGCCCAAGGGGCGGCUACGAGGGAUUCACUUCUUCCUGGUGCUCGUACGAGUUCAUUGUUUCUUAAUGGAAGUGUCAAACCCGUCAGUAUAGAACCUUUGUUCGAGGAGAUUGACGAAAUGAAAUAUGGUGAUUUCAUUCCAGUUCCCAUCGGAAAUAACCUCCUCAACAACCCAAGCUUUGAACUGCCGCUCAAUCCCAGUCCCCUGGACGGUUGGAGCUGCCAGGGCGAGACAGACGAUCCUCGGGGCGGCGCGCUGUCCAGGUAUUCCAAAGAUCACCAUGGAAAUGGUAGAUAUAGUGGGAUAUGUUAUGCAAGACUGUCAGAAUGGGCUGGUCCUGGACAAUACAUAGGACGUAAAGUAAAGCCGCUAUCUGUGUAUACGUUUACUGGAUGGACUCAACUUCUUGAUCGUAAAAACAUAAAUGACAUCCACAAUAUGGAGCUAUGGCUGCGAUUCAAGAAACGCGGUCAAAAGAAUGAAAUAAUAAUGAGACUGGCUAGAAGAUACAAGCUAUCCGAAGACCAUGGUUGGGUGCGUUGGAAGACGUCCUUCCAGAUGCCUGCCUCGCCGAGGGGGUUUCGUUAUGUGUUUAUCUUCUUCAGAGGACCUCACCGAUCGGUGGACAUUAUUGCAGAUGAUAUGAAGCUAGUUGAGGUGAUGAACAUUCCAAGAUGGAAAGACAAGACGGAUAAACUCAUCGAAACAUACCGAAAAAGAUCAGUAAAAUUGAGGAUAAACGUUCCCUACGAACUUGCCGCGACCCAAGACUUGUCGCUCAUGGGAAUUAAGGUUCAGCAAACGAAGCACAGAUUUGGUUUCGGGGCAGCGGUAAACACUGAAAGUCUCAUUGGCAACCCAAAGUAUCGAGAUUUCUUCUUUAAACACUUUGAAUGGGCUGUCAUGGAAAGCUCUAUGAAGUGGCCACAAGUCGAAAAGAAAAUGAAUCAUGUAGAUUACCAACAAGUAGACAAAGCGCUGGAAAUUCUGGAGAAACACAA